AAAAUCCAGCGAAGAAGAGAAGGGGGAACCAGCAGUAAUGGCGGAGGAACUGCUGGAAACAGUGGAGAGACUUCAGUCCCGGCUCCUGGAGAAUCCGGAGCCUCGAAAGCUCCUGAAGACUCUCAAAAGACUGGGGGAGCUUCCGAUGACAGUGGACAUACUGGUGGAAACUGGAGUGGGGAAGGCGGUGAACUCGUUCAGGAAACACGAAGCAGCUGGAGAAGUGGCCAAAUGCCUCGUAGCCAAAUGGAAGAAACUCGUUCCUCAGUCUGCAGAAAGACCCAACGCCAAAGAGGCCUCCCGCUCGCACACACACUCUCGAGGCCACGACGCAGGCGGCCACAGACGUCCCCGAGAGCCGUCUCCUGAGGAGGAGCGCACCUACAUGGAGGAGGAGGAGGAGGAGGAGGAGGAGGUGCAACAGCAGCAGGAGGAGGAAGAGGAGGAGGAGGAGAGAGGCUACCACACCAACUACUCGCCAUCGCCUCCCCGACACGACCAGUACAGCCCCCCGCAGCGAGGAGGGUAUCAGUCAGACGAGUACGAGAGCCCCGAGCCCAGCCCUCCUCCUCCUUCUCCUCCUCCUCCUCCUCCUCCUCCUCGCGUAGAUGCCCGCCACACCAAACCAAACAGAGAGCCCAGCAAGAACCACCACAGCCACCACCACCACGGCGGCGGCGGCGGCGGCGAGAGGAACAAGGAGGAGGAGCGGUGGCGGCAGCGCCACGCGCCGACAAGCGGCGACCGGGACGGAGGGAGCGAAGGGAAGAAACGCAACGGAGACAGAGAGAGGCAGCAGAGUCCGGUACAGAAGUCGGCAAAACACAACAGGAAGACGAACGCACACGACGGCCGGAGGGAGGAGAGGAAGAGAGGGGGAGACGAGGGGCGACCACGAGCACCGAAGGACUCGCCGCCUAAAGACGAGGAAGAGGACUUCGAGACCCCCACCAUGUCCUUCGAGUCCUUCCUCACGUACGACGCCCCGACGGUCGUCAAGAAGAAGAAGAAGCCGCCGACAACGUCGUCGUCGUCACACGGCCGGCCGUCUCACUCCUCCUCCUCCUCCUCGUCCGUGUCGAACUCCCAUCGCAGCCGCUCGCCGCCGCCGCCCGUCUCCUUCUCCACGUCUUCGUCGUCCUCCUCCUCCUCCAAGGCGAGCAAAGCCAACGGCGCCCAGAGCUCCAAGAGGCCUCACUCGGCCUCCGGUUCAUCGGCGGCUGCACCGACGCCAGAGAAACGCAAGAGGGUCGUAGAAGCUGUGCCGGCUCUUCCCGACAUCCCCCUGCCAGCGAUUCAGCCAAAUUACAGGCCGCUGCCCUCCAUCGACGUCACGCCGCUGUCCCCGCAGAGACGCAAAGGUCCCGCCUGCGACGAGGAGGACGCGGGCUUCACGGGGAAACGCUUCAACUCCAAGAUGGUCGUCUACUCCGGGUCGAAGACGGCCUACCUGCCUAAGAUGAUGACCCUGUUCGAGCAGUGCAUCCGUGUGCUGCAGAACAACAUCGACUCCAUCGCCGAGGUGGGAGGGGUGCCCUUCGAGAUCCUGGAGCCGGUUCUGGAGCGGUGCACUCCGGAGCAGCUGUACCGCAUCGAGCAAAGCAACCAGUGUUUCAUGGAAGACUCGGACGACCUGUGGAUGCGUCACUGUCGGCGCGACUUCAAGCGCGAGUCUCCCCAGGAGUACGAGUCGUGGAGGGAGAUGUACCUGAGGCUGCACGACGAGCGCGAGGAGCGGCUGAGGAUGCUCACCCAGAACAUCACGUCCGCACACGCCAACAAACCCAAAGGGCGGCAGGUUAAGAUGGCGUACGUAAAUUCUGCAGCUAAGCCGCCUCGUGACGUUCGGCGCCGACAGGAAAGAUUCGGAACCAGUAGCGGCUCCUCGGCCGCCUCCACUUCAGCUGCAGCUCCCAUCAAAAUACGACCGGCUAACAUUGACUACUCCAGUGAAGCGAACCGCUCCUCGUCCUCCUUAAACAACCCGUCUCCCGGCUCCUCACGCUCAUUGGCACCAGGUGGUGGAGGAGGUGGAGGAGGAGGACACGUUGCCCGGGACAAGCCACAGGUCAAGAAAAUCGCCCCCAUGAUGGCCAAAACUAUCAAAGCGUUCAAGAACAGAUUCUCCCGUCGAUAGUGUGAAAGAGACUGAAUGUAUUUUAUGAAUUCCAACUGUGUUUUUAAUUUAAAGAUUAGCAAAACUUUUACUGGAGACCCUCUACACACACACACACACACACACACACACACACACACACACACACACACACACACACACACAAACACCCCUCAGAAUACUUUAAUUCACCAGACAUAUCACAUGAACUUAACAGUAUUGGUGGAGAAAUGUUUUUUUUUUCUUUCUUUUUUUUGUGUGUGUGUGUUUUUGGGGGGUCUUUAAUUAACUAUUUAAAGUCUAAAAUGACGUCAAACAAUGUGACGUUUGUGUUCAGAAAUCACUGAUGAUACUGAGGAGACACAAAGUAGCACAGUCUGCUGUCUUUUCUUGUUUUCCAGCAGACUUUUUUUUUUUGGGGGGGAUUUUUUGGGACAUUUUUGGGAUCUACUCAGUUGUCCAGAGUCACAUGAGAAGAUUUAUCCGUUUCUGUCGCCUGCAGCUGGCUAACGUAGCUUAGCACAAAGACCGGACACAAAAGAACAUACGAUAAAUACAAUAAAUAUCUGCAUUUAACGCUUCAAUUCUGUCAGUUUAGAUGUUUAUAGGCAGGGAUAUAAACGAUUUCAUGGUCCGGUGCAGUUGCCAAGAUGAACAGAGAAGACAUUAGGACGGAAAUUAAGAUGAAGUAGUUCUACGAUAGGGAAGGAAAAGCCCUUGAUGAUGUAUAGAUGGUACAGUUAUUUUUAUUUUUACUGUUGCUAGAGAUUUAUUUUUAAGUUGUUCAGUCUUUAACGAUGGUGACGGAACAGCCACGUGAUUAUUAUCUUUUAAAAAUGUGACACCACUCCGACUGGAAAUUGACCAAAUAGAGCUUAAAAGUAAUAAUAAUAAUAAUAAUUUAAUUCUACACUUCCUUUUUGUACGAGUUUAAGUAAUGAGCUGUUGUAAGGUUUCCCUCUAGUUGUCGUCUUUGUGCUAAGCUAAGCUAAGCUAGCCAGCUAGCUGUUUGAGGUAUAUAAAUGUUCUCAUUUGACUCUCUUGACAACACAACAAUAAGACCAUGUCCCAAAGUGUCAAACUUUUUCUUGAAGGGACGGAAAAGGGUACUUUUUUUUUCUUCUUCUUCUUCUUUUUUUUUUAAAUUUAAAGCUACAGUGUGAAACUUUAGUCUCCCCCUUUGUGGCAGUGACUCAGUCCCUUCUGGUUCUUUCUUUUAUGGACUGUAAUCCUUUCUCCAAACAAAGAGUUUCCUUUCAUCUGGAGUAUUAUCUGGAGCAUCUUGUCCACUUCUGGUCAGGUGUAAUAGAAACUUGGUUACAUUAGUAACCCUGGGUUCUCCGCUGCCAUACUCCGCCACUCUUUAUCUUCUCUAUCUUUACCUGGAGCUUCAUUUGAAAACACACACAAAAAAAGUUCCUUACUAUGGCUUUCUAGAGCAGUCAUUAUUUUACUUUUACGACCAAAUGAUACACUACUUUGGAAGACUUUUACGCUCACUCUUGUGUUUGUCUCUUGAUCGCAUGCACGACGUACGUUCGGACACCCGAGACAUGAGCUGGCAGGUGGAUGACUUUGCUUUUUUAAAAAAAAAACAAACAAAAACAAACAUGCAUAUUUAAAAAAAAUAUCAUUGUGCAUAUUUUUAAUUGUGUAGGACAAACUUGAUAUCAAGGAGCUAAACUCACAAACACACAUCGUAGUUUUCUUUCUUUUUUUUUUUAUCCUGCCUGUGGCUUCAGAUUCUGUUUUUCUUGCUGUCGAAUGUGUGUAUUUCUGUUUCUAUCUGCUUCACUGUGACAAUGAGUUUGUGUGAGGGCUGAGGAGUCGGUAGGAAAACGGGAGGAAGAACAAUAAGGAAAGAAGUUAAUAGGACGGCUUCAGUCCACGAUGAUUAUUAAAUGUAUUUAUUUUCAACUGGGACCUGGCACCCAACAACCCCCCCUCCCCCUCCACCCGACCCCUGAACGUAAGUAGAUGAAAAACUGUAAUUUUAUUAGAUUUUAAUAAAUGUUAUAUGGUCAUUUUUAUUAAAAUUGACUUUUUGCCCUUAAAGGUUGUUUGCGUUGAAAUGUUUUGUGUGGUUUUAGUGAUGAGCUGCUGGAUAUAAAUACCACAAAGGGAGAAGAGUGUUGCUUUUUAUAUAUGUUUUCUGAAAUAAACGAUUCAACUGA